AUCCAUUGAGGCAAUUAUUUAAUAAUUAAGAGUGAAGGGAAGGAAAAAGGCUAAUUAAGGUGGGUGUGGUAGGGGCAAAUUGGGAAGAAAAAGAUAAUGUGCCUUAGCUUGAGCUGCCUACUGCGUCGCCUCUCAUGUACGUUACGUUGCUAAAUAAGAGACUCACUCCCUUUCUUCAUUUUCAUUUUCAUUUUCAUUUUGUGAUAGAUGGCUGUUCAAGCUCAAUACCCAUCCAAUCUUCUCCUUCUCAACACCAACAACAGUAAUAAUAACGAUGACUAUUCUUCUGCCUUACAACCACCUCAUCAACUCUCCCGUAAGAGACCAAGACAACCAACCCCAAUUCCAAUUCCAAAUAAUCUCAUGAAUCAAUUCAAUCCUCCUCCUCCUCCUCCGCAACAACAACAGCAUCAAAAUCAAAAUGUAGUCUCCACUGGCCUACGCUUAUCAUUCUCUUCUCAACAAAGACUACAAUGGCAGCAAACUUCUUCUCUAUUAUCGCAACAAUUAGCAGACCAAAUCAAACAACAGAGACACGAAAUUGAUCAAUUCCUACAAGCACAGGGAGAGCAAUUGCGCCGUUCAUUGGCGGAUAAGAGACACAACCAUUUCCGCGCACUCAUAACCGCCGCCGAGGACACAUUAGCGCGACGCUUGAGGGAUAAAGAAACAGAGGUUCAAAAAGCCACGCGCCGCAACGCUGAGUUAGAGGCACGCGCCGCGCAUCUUACAGCCGAGGCUCAGCUUUGGCAGGCCAAGGCAAAAGCGCAGGAAGCCACCGCCGCUUCCUUGCAGGCGCAGCUCCACCACGCCAUCAUGAAUGCCGCCUGCGGAGGCGGAGCCGGUGCUGCAGGUACGGCAGAUGACGCCGCCGCGGGGGUAAUGUCGGAGAUGCAUUUCCGUGCUUGCCCCGUUUGCCUCACCGUUAAAAACUCAACCGUUGAGGUUUAUCUUUCUUAA